UGUUAAUGUGUCUUUUAAGCACGUUACCUGGCCCACCCGGUGUUAGUAUCCAAGAUGCUUAUGUUCAAUUACUUCCGGUUGAUAAAACUGUCUGUAGUCAUGUAGAUCCGAUAAGAGAUAUUAGUUAUCAACUUUAUACAAGAAAUAACCCUUUACAACCACAAACAUUAUCCCUUCACGAUGAUCACUCCCUUUACAACUCCUAUUUCAAUUUUUCGGAGCCAACAAUUUUAUUUUUCCACGCAUUCUUCGAAUCGUCAACGUCAACGACCGCUACAAUAAUGCGUACGGCUUACCUCCAACGCAAAGAUCACAAUAUCCUACUAUUAAACGCUCCGAGAAUCGAAGCUGGGCCCUGGUACUUAACCGCAGCAAAAAAUACAAGGAUUGUUGGCGAAUAUUCAGCUCAAUUUAUCGAUUAUAUGGUAUCAAGAGGACUUCAUUUACCCUCUUUGCAUUUAAUAGGAUUAAGUUUAGGAGCACAAAUGGCUGGUGUUACCGGAAAAAACGUUCGAAGUGGCCGGAUUGCUCGGAUAACUGGGUUAGAUCCAGCUGGGCCGCUUUUUACGAAAUGGCCAAAAAGUUUAAAGUUGGAUAAAAGCGAUGCUGAGUUUGUUGAUGUUAUUCAUACAGAUGCGGGGAUUUUUGGUUAUCCAAGAUCGGUGGGGCAUUUGGAUUUUUGGCCCAACGGUGGGAUUGCUCCUCAACCUGGGUGCACAUUUAGGGAGAUUGCGAGAAGAAAUCCAGAUGCAAUCAUCGAAAAAUUGUUUUGUAGCCAUUGGCGAUCGUAUCAAUUUUAUGCUGAAUCAGUUGUUUCGGAAUUCUCAUUUCCGGCGAUUGAGUGUAACUCUUGGAAUGAUUUUAAAAGUGGUUCCUGCGAUUUUCAACAACAACCGAUUAGUAUGGGAUUUUUAGCACAUCCAUUGGCAAGAGGUAAUUACUUUUUAGCAACGAACCCCGAAUCACCUUUUACGCAAUGAAUCCUAAUUAAAACGUAAGUUAUUUUGGUUAAAAUGAAAAAAAAAAACAUUUUUGUCCAUAAUUUUAAUAAGGUGUUUAAUUGGUUGCCUAAACAUUCAGGAAUAUAAUUUUAACAUUUUCUACGAUUUAAUUAAAAUUUUUCAUUGAAUUGACAUUAAACACAUAAAAACGAAUCCAUUUUAAUACGUUUCUGAGGUAAAUUGGUCUCUAAAUUCAAUUUAAAGCAAAAAAAAAUUUUUAUCCACAAUCACCUUAUAAUUGAAAUUUUAUUCACACUUAUGAACCGUAUAAAGUACCACUUUAUCCACUAGUGGAAUAAUGAAAAAUACAAUCUUAAAUUAAUCACAUCCUAUUUAUUAUUUAUAUUAAUAGACAUUUCAUUCUUUAAUUUGUCAUAUUUUACUUCAUUUCCAUUAAUAACCAGCUUGUAAUUGUCAUCGCUUCCAGAACGCAUAGUGCCUGUCGAAGUUUUUGAAAAAUCUGUAAAAACAAUGGACGUUUCCUCUAGUAAGGAACGACUAGUACCAGUAGAACCUUGGAUUUUUCUUGCGAUAUCAAGCUUAUUACAUAUAGAAUCCUCGAUAUAAGUUUCUGCUAUGUCAGAGCUCCUCCACCCACCAUGUCGUUUAAUUAUUGUAAGGUCGGCACCUCUAUUGACCAAUAAAGUUGUUGAAGUGCGCCUCAUACAAUGGCCGCUAUAAGCUUUAGUAUUUGCCAGAUUCAAAAACGAAGCAACUGUUGAAGGAACUUUCGACAAAAUGUUAAUCCCAACAGGUUGUGAAGUACAUUUUUGAUUAGCGUAUUUUAAAAAGUAUCUCUCAUUGAAUAACUUUUUCGGACAUAAAGACAUGUAUUUUCUACACGUCACCAUAGUAUUAAUAGAGAAUCCUUCUUCUAUAAUUGUAAAUUUUCGUGAAAUACCUGUCUUGGUAUCUGGUAUCGAAACAAUCAAAUAUGCGCCUAUCUUCUACAUCACUAAUUUUCAAAUUAGUCAGUUCACAGCAUCGACAAGCACCAGACACCCCCAUUAUUAGUGCAACCUAAUAUAUUUCAAAAUUUAUUAUACAGGGUGUAUCAGUACCCAGUAGUAUACAGGUAUGAGUAGAAAAAAU